UAGGCGCGUUAGUGUUAUGUUUCACUAAUUAAUCAUCAGUCGUGCGAGAUACCACCCGCAAGAUUUUCAGAUGUGAGCAGCAGGAAUUCAUAAGCAUCAAGUCAAUAUUUAAUAGUGAACUCUGACGAUGCCCUUAAUGUUGAUAAGAAAACAAUAAGAUCAUUGAUACCGAUAAUCGAUCGGAUAUUAAGGAGGUCCAAAGUUUGAAAGGAUAAUCGGCGUGUUGUUUAAAUAAAUUACAUAACGAGUGGCCUGACUACUGCAAUUUUUAGACAAAAACAGUUCAGCAUUGACUCUUGAAAUUGUUUGGAGUGUAUCAACAACUUAUCUGAACUAAGAGAAAUGGGGUUCGUGAGUUGCUCCGUAGCCAUAUUGGCCCUUCUGACCCUACUAUGGAAAGUCAGCUCAGUAGGACGGUUCUUCAUCAAAUGGUGCCUCUUUGGUAUCGUUUCCGUUUUAGCAUCAUCCCUUCCCAUCCCUUUGAUGUUGGUACGACCUAGAGAUCCAAGGAAUGCCUUAAUCCCAUCUGCAGCCCUACGGGCAUGUUGCACCUUCCUAGGACUCACCUUGAAGGUCGAGGGUCACGAAAAUAUCGUGCAAAACAAAGGAACCGUCGUUCUGAUCAACCAUCAAAGCGCCCUGGACUUAAUAGUUUUAGCAUGUCUCUGGCCGAUUAUGGAUAACUGCACGGUGAUAUCCAAGAGGGAGAUCCUGUACAUCCAGCCUUUUGGUUUGGCCUCGUGGUUGUGGGGCACCAUAUUCAUUUCGAGAGGAUCGAAGGAUGCGCAACAUGCGGUGAACGAAACCGGGGAAAUUAUUAAAGAGAGGAAGGCCAGGGUCCUGAUAUUCCCGGAGGGUACCAGGAACAUGUCCAGGAAGCUGUUGCCCUUUAAAAAGGGCGGGUUUUACUUAGCUUUGGCUUCAGACGUCCCUAUACAACCGGUAGCAGUGGGGCGCUAUAGUUUCUUGAAGAACUUCAGGUUUGACAGUGGUGAAAUCAGGAUAAGGAUUCUUCCAGCAAUUCCUACCGAGGGGUGCACCAAAGACGAUAUUCCGAAACUCAUUGAAGAAACUUACAAUGUACUCUCGGAGAACGUAGACCAGUUGUCUAGUGAGGUAAAGGUGGCUCACUGAAUGGAUGAACCCAUGACCAAAGUUACUUAAAGUACCAAAAUAAGUUGUGAUAUUACUUAGGCCUACUGUUGACACGUAGAAUAUUAUUAGAGAAAAUAAAUAAAUUUGAGUGCU